AUGGCUGAAGAAGCAGGCAUGUUUAUGGUUCAUCAAACAAUUGGAAGUGUUUUGUGUUGCAAAUGUGGUAUUCCUAUGCAACCAAAUGCUGCUAAUAUGUGUGUUAAGUGUUUGCGCUCUGAAGUUGACAUCACUGAAGGUUUAAAGAAGAAUGCAAUCCUUGUGCAUUGCCCUGAGUGUGAUACCUACUUGGAUCCACCUAGUACGCGGAUUAGGGCCCAAUUAGAAUCGAGGGAGUUGUUGGCAUUUUGUCUGAAGAAGUUGAAGUUGAAGCCGGCAGGAGUUAAUUUGGUAAAUGCGGAAUUUAUUUGGACUGAACCACAUUCCAAGAGGAUCAAGCUCCGGGUGAGAGUUCAGAAGGAGGUCCUUAAUGGUGCGAUACUUGAACAAGCAUAUGUUGUUGAGUAUGUUCAGCAGGAACACAUGUGUGAUUCUUGCACAAGAGUUCAGGCCAACCCUGAUCAGUGGGUUGCAGCUGUCCAACUCCGGCAACAUGUUGCUCAUAGAAGAACUUUCUUUUACUUGGAGCAGCUGAUUUUGAAGCAUGAUGCUGCUGUACGUGCCAUUAAAAUCAAGCAAAUGGAUCAUGGUAUUGAUUUUUUCUUUGGAAAUCGUAGCCAUGGAGUUAAAUUUGUUGAGUUUGUUGGUAAAGUAGCUCCAGUAAGGAGUCGCAGUGACAAGCAACUUGUUUCCCAUGAUACUAAGAGCAACAACUAUAAUUACAAGUAUACUUUCUCUGUUGAAAUCUCUCCAAUUUGCCGUGAGGAUUUAAUCUGCUUGCCUCCAAGAGUUGCUGUUAGCUUGGGGAAUCUAGGUCCGCUUGUGAUAUGCACGAAAGUGACAAACAGCAUUGCGUUGUUAGAUCCUUUCACCCUAAGACACUGCUUCUUGGAUGCUGAUCAGUACUGGAGAACACCCUUUAAGUCUCUUCUCACUAGCAGGCAGCUUGUGGAGUAUAUUGUAUUUGAUGUGGACUUUAUUUCCCCUGAAGUUAAUAUUGGUGGCUCUAGAUAUGCUUUAGCUGAUGCCCAAGUUGCUCGUGUGUCAGAUUUUGGGAAGAACGAUACCAUAUUCAACAUAAAAACGCAUCUGGGGCAUCUUCUGAAACCUGGUGAUUAUGCACUUGGUUAUGACUUACAUGCAGCUAACAGUAAUGACAUGGAGCUUGACAAGUACAAAAAUCUAGUCAUUCCAGAAGUAAUUUUGGUAAAGAAGAGCUAUGAAGAGAAGCGCCAAAGGAAACGGGGGAAGCCUCGUUCCUGGAAGCUUAAGUCCCUCAAUAUGGAGGUUGACGAAACAACGAGAGGUAGAGGUGACCAAGAGAAGUCGAACUCAGAGUAUGAACAGUUCCUGAGAGAUCUGGAAGAGAACCCAGAGUUGAGAUUCAAUAUGUCAUUGUAUCGUAACAAAGAAUAUCAGCCUUCUGAGAUGGCAUCUAUGACUGAUGGGGAAGAUAUGCCUUCCAUUCCUCUAGAAGAGUUACUUGCUGAUCUUGAGAUAACUGAUGCAGAAGAUGAGGACGGAGACAUGAGGGCAUGA